AUGGCUGGAGCUCUUAAGGGUCCCAGGGGCCCUGAGCAGGAGGAGUGGAGGAAGUCCAAGGAAAGAUGGAACAACUUACCCAGAGAAACAGUGCUCCAGGACUGCCCACUCCCUACUUCCUGCCCUGGCACUCACCCCUACUUCAACCUGCCAACUUCACCCAGUCAUCAUGGCGGGCCCUCCACUCCGCCCAGCCUCCCCCGGCACCUGUACUGCACCACGAGUCUGCUUGUGGCCCGGCUGGGCCCCUUCUCCCAGGCGUCUUACCAGAUUUCCCACUUAUCCUUGCUGGAGCUGCUCAUCUGUUGAUGCCUCUUCCACCUCCCCUUUGCCUGGCCCUGCCUGUACGCUCUCACUCAGGUGAUGCCUGCUGGCCACACUGUCCUCGUUCACAAAAGUUUUUCCAUCAUCUGCUCUGUUCUCCUCGCCCUCUGUCUCGAGAGCCAGGGUCUCAGUCACUAGGACUGGUAUGGCCUAGUGGGCAGCUCCGUGGGACUCAUCCUCAUUGUGGGACCUGGACUAGGGAUACCCGAGGGGACGAAGGGCCUCUGCAUGGCUCUGAGCUAUGUGCUCGCUUUUCUGGGCGGCCUGGCACUAUCGCUGGGGCUCCCCCUCCUGCCUACCAACAGUGCCUUCCUGUUUGGCUUGAUGGACCUGGUGGGCUGUGUACCAGGCUUUCUCCUUUCCCCUGCUGCCCAUUGAUCCUCUCCUCUGAGUUGGAGCUGUGUGAGGGCAGUGGUGAUCUUUGCUCUGGUCUUUUGUGUGAGCUAUUCGGUCACCAAGGUCCACCCUGCCCUGGUGUGCACUAUCCUGCACUCUGAGAGUCCACUCCCUGAGGUGGUGGUGGCCCCCGCGAUGCUGCAGUAUUAGGUGCUCUAUGAGACUGUGGCACCUUUUGACAUCACUGGGGCAGUGGUUGUGCUGGCCAUCACCAAGGCCCAGAACCUCAGCUGUGAGAGGGCAGGGCAGGUGGAGGAGUGAGACUGACUUGAGAGCUGGGGGUGGGGAUGGGGGUGGGGGGAAAGGCAAGGGCAACUGGUGUGGGACAGGGACAGACCUUGGGGUCCAGGGGAACCGGGACCUGGUGGAAAGGGACUGCCUGGAAGACCUGGCACAAGCCUGGGGACCAAGAGAUGUGGAAUCCAGGCUGGGGCAAGAGGACCGGAUAAGAGUAAUAAAUAUUGUCCGAGGAGCAGAUCCAAGGAGCUGAGGCAGGCAGGCCAUGAGUCACGGGGAGAUCGGCACCCCAGCACAGGGAGAAGGCCAUGGCUGGGGCGUUUGGAGGCCAGGAGAGCAAUCAGCUGCGCUGGGGGAAGGGCGUCUGCCUGUUUUCCUUGCGUGAGAUUGCCCUUCCCAGUGGCUGUGCCCCCUCCCUCCCUCCACCCCAAC